CGCCUAGGGGAGCAAUGAGUCACACGUCGCUGCGAGUCUCCUGACUUGUCACUGUUGUGCGCGAUGCUCAAUGUUAAGAUCAUGAACCGCUAAAGUAACCAUAAUUGGUUGUUCGGAAUGAUCCAGCAACUGGAAAAGCGGCACAGCGGUGGUCUGGAGGUCCGCCUACCGGCCCUGGAAUUAAAGCCUCUUCUCCCUUAAGAUCAAAAGUGACUUGGUGGCGGCCUGACGGCUGUGCGUCUUCCAUCACCACAGCUCUAGCCGUAUUGUCGUGCGGCCUCUUCCAGAAGCACCUCGGAACCACCCGCAGCUCUAGCCGACUGUUUGCCUGGCUGUCCCGCUCCGGAGCGACUAGUCCAUUCUGUAGGGCUGUUCUGAGAGCGCUUGCCUUUAAAGGCGGGGACCUGGGGGCCUCUACACGGUGGCUAGCUCGCCCCCGCCCCCCCCCCCCCCCGGCUGGGCACGCCCCUGCAGGUGGGUCUAUUGGUGGCCGGGCCGUGGGACGAGCGGCGAUUGGGCGACCUGUGAGGACGCCGGUUCCAGGCCUCUGUCCGCUGGGCCCAUGGCUGCGCCGGACCUCCGCUCGGAGCUGGACUCGCUGCUUCUGCAACUGCUCCGGGACCUGGAGGAACUGGAGGCGAAGCGGGCGGCGCUGAACGCCCGGGUGGAGGAGGGCUGGCUCUCGCUCUCCAAAGCUCGCUAUGCCAUGGGCGCCAAGUCUGUAGGUCCUCUGCAGUAUGCCUCCCACAUGGAGCCACAGGUCUGCGUCUACACCAGCGAGGCCCAGGACGGACUCCAGAAGUUCUGGGUGAUGAGAGCCAGCGCCCAGACUCCAGAGGAGCUGGGACCCCGUGAGGCAGUCUGUCUUUCUCCAGCUUUGCGCAGGCGCAAGGGUCUCACCAAAACCCCAGAGCCGGAGUCCUCCCCAGCCCCCCGGGACCCUCUGAAUUGGUUUGGAAUCCUGGUUCCUCACAGUCUGCGGCAUGCCCAGGCCAGCUUCCGAGAGGGCCUGCAGCUGGCUGCAGACAUGGCCAGCCUUCAGAUCCGCAUUGACUGGGGUCGAAGCCAGCUCCGGGGACUCCGGGAGAAACUCAAGCAUCUGGAGCCAGAAUCUGCCUGACUUGUGACCAGAGGCAGGGUCGUGAGCACAGCUGUUCUUUGGUGUGGCUGCCUUAUCUCAGGACUCCUUGCUUCACAGAUUGCCCCUGCUCCUAUUCCCACCUCAACAAGUUCCUACUCCUUAAAAUUUCUCUGGUUUGCAUGUUUCUAGCUUUGUUAGGUAUGAAACUUUGAAGAGGCCAACUGAAUACUCUUGAAAGUCACUACCGUGAAACCACUUCUAAGUUUGUAUUCUCCUAGGACACAUUCAUGUGGGGCAGGGGCAAAGCUGUUAGGUUAGUUUAUAAACAACCAGAACAGCCUCAUGGAUGUAUCAGCUGUGGUUUCUUUACAGAAUGAAAUACUGCAUAAUUAGUGGUAGGGAAGGACAAGAAAUAGAUGCUUCAGUUUCACUAGAUUCUCAAAACUGAUUUUGAUGUAGGAAAAAACAAAUAUGGCUAAUACAUCAAGACGGUAUGAUUCCAUGUCAAUAAAAAACAUGAACACCUGAGUAGAUAAGGUAGUCCUUGACAGGUUUUAGGCCAGAAAAUGAAAAAGGUCUUAGAUUUUCAAGGGAACUCUAAGUACUCUUUCAUUAUCUUUAUAGGAGCAAGACCAAACUGCUUUUAAGUUUUGAAGGGCUAGAUGUAUUUCCUGUGACGGGAACUGUGUCUUCAUUUUCUUACUGGGUUGUUCGUAUUUUUAGCAGUUUGUAGAAGGUAAUCUUUAUGUUUGGGGACAAUUACCUCUUUGUUCAUAAUAUGAAGUGUAAAUAUUUUUCCCAGUUUCUCUUGUAACUUUGCUUCUGGUGUUUUGUUUUUGAAAUCUUCAUUGUAAAAUAAAGCACGUUACAUUACUCA